AGAGAGAGGUAGUAGACUAGUAGUGCUGAUCAUGGUGAUCCCAGUGAUAGAUUUCUCAAAGCUUGAUGGUGAUGAUAGGCAUACCACAAUGGUUCAAAUCGCUAAUGGAUGUGAAGAAUGGGGAUUCUUUCAGUUGGUGAACCAUGGAAUUUCAGUGGAGCUUCUGCAAGAAGUGAAAAGGGUGUGUUCAGAAUUUUAUAAGAUGGAAAGGGAAGCAAAGUUCAAAGACUCUGCUCCAUUUAAGAAGCUUGAGGAUCUCAUGGAAGGACAGGAUAAUGGAAGAAAUGAAGUUGCCAAUGGCCAUGACAGUGUGAACAAGAUAGAAGACAUGGACUGGGAGGAUACAAUCAUACUACUAGAUAACAAUGAAUGGCCAUCAAAAACUCAUGACUUCAAGAAAAUCAUGGAGGAGUUCAGGAAAGAGAAAAAGAAAUUAGCAGAGAAGUUAACUGAAAUAAUGGAUGAGAAUCUAGGCUUAGAGAAAGGUUACAUCAAGAGGGCCUUUAAAGGAGAUGACAAGGAAGGAUGCCAUCCAUUCUUUGGCACCAAAGUAAGCCACUAUCCACCAUGCCCACAGCCAGACCUAGUCAAUGGACUUCGCGCCCAUACUGACGCUGGCGGGGUCAUCCUCCUCUUCCAAGAUGACCAGGUCCCAGGCCUGCAGAUCCUCAAAGAUGGUCAAUGGAUUGAUGUCCAGCCACUUGAGAACUCCAUUGUGGUGAACACUGGAGACCAGAUUGAAGUCAUCUCCAAUGGGAGGUACAAGAGUGUGUGGCACAGGGUCGUAGCACUGGAGAAAGGCAACAGAAGGUCCAUAGCUUCUUUCUACAAUCCAUCAGCCUCUGCAACCAUAGGCCCUGCUCCCCAGCUCCUCAAACAAAAGCAAGUUGUUGAAGAGGCUGCUUAUGCCGCCCAUGACCACGGUUUUGAGUACCCAAAGUUUGUGUUUGGGGACUACAUGGGAGUCUAUGUUAAGGAAAAGUUUUCUCCAAAAGAACCCAGGUUUCUAGCAGUGGGUUCCAUGUAGAUUCUCAUUUGGUUGCCCUUUUCUAA